AUGGCGACUCGUCCCCUGGGUGCGACUUAUCGAAUCUGGGCGAAUUCUCGCCCUGGAGGAACGAGCUCUGAGUUUGGAUUAUAUGCUUACGCUGCUGCUGAGGUGAAGAAAGCAAUGGAGGUGACAGAACGGGAUCGCUAUACUACUGCUACCGAAUAUGAAAAAUUUGUGGAUACAACUCCUCGCUCGUUGAAGAUGGCGACUUCUCGGAUCUUGAACAGGGCCAAUUAUGGAUUUUCUACUUACACAGUCUCUCGCCGCCUAUUUUCUGGAGUGGCCAACGCAAAUGAGUCAAGGGGUGUGUAUUGGAAAGUCUCCAAUAUCGAUGAAGUAGGAGGAACGGUUGCAGAUAUCUUAAAUCAAGAAGAGGACCUUGCAAAGUCUGAUCUUGUACGUUGGGCUGACCUCCUUGACAAGAAGGGGAAAACUCAGCAAGCACUCGAGGAAGAAAAUGAAGUUUUCUCCCCAGAGAAUGUAACCUUUGUGGAUCUUCUUGCAAGGACCAAAGGCUUACGUGCAGCUCAGGAUUUUGUCAAUAGAUUACCAAAAAAGGAGGAAAAUCUGCCUGCCACUUUUAGGUUCUUAAAAUAUUAUGGGCCGUUUAUCCGUGAAGAAUUGAAAGACUCUCCUUGGAGUUACAUUCCAAAAGCUUGGACGUAUAUGUCUUCGUUGAAGAUGGAUCAUAAACUCCCGGUUCUCACCACAUGCAAUGCUCCCCUUGAAGAACCGGUUCAUUCUCCCCUUGAGCAUUCCUACAACAUCUUCAGUUUUGACGGUUCCCUCGACGAUGAAUCUGGUGUGGAAGAUGGCGACUCCUCGCAUUGCGAAUUCUCGUUUGAGGAGGACCUAUUGUACUGGAAUGACCAUACACUUUCUUAUUCAUCUGAGGUAUGCACUGCUACAAAACGGGAUCGCCACGAGAAAUAUAUGGCGACUUCUCGGAUAUGGAAUAGGGCGAAUUCUGGCUUGAGUAAUGCGUUCUCUGGCCUUUCUACUUACACAGAUUCCCGCCGCCCGUUUUCUGGAGUAACAACCACAAAUGAGUCAAGGAGACGGAAGAGUGUGUAUUGGAAAGUCUCCAAUAUUGAUGAAAUAGGAGAAACGGUGGCAGAUAUCUUAGAUCGGGAAGAGGGCCUUGCAAAGGCUGAUCUUCUUCGUUGGGCUAACCUCCUUGAUAAGAAGGGGAUAACUCAGCAAGCACUCGAGAUCUUUGAGUGGAUGCAAAGAAAGAAAAUGACGUUUUCUCCCUCAGAUAAUGUAACCUUUGUGGAUNUUCUUGCGAAGACCAAAGGCGUACGUGCAGCUCAUGAUUUUGUNGACGGAUUACCACCAAAGAAGGAGAAUCUGCCUGCCACUUUUAAGUUCUUAGAAUAUUAUGGGCGGUUUGUCCAUGAACAAUGGAAAGACUCUCCUUGGAGUUACACUCCACAAGUGGAACCAGUGAAGAAGUGA